CGGGUCGAUAGACCGAAGAGAAGAAGGGGGAACAAUCUACGACGUUUUUUUUAACGCCUCUGGGUUUUUUUUGAUACUUGUUUGUCCAACAAACCUGUUUAAAACAAUAACUUAAGAGAUGGGGAACCGGGUCGCACGUGAGGACUACGAGUGGGUCUACACAGAUCAGCCUCACGCAGACAGGAGGAAAGAGAUCCUAGCAAAAUACCCAGAAAUCAAGUCGUUGAUGGGUCCUGACCACAGGCUCAAAUGGAUUGUGUGCAUGAUGGUGACUAUACAGUUUUUAGCUUUCUACCUGGUCAAAGACUUGGACUGGAAAUGGGUUUUAUUCUGGACUUAUGCCUUUGGUAGCUGUAUCAAUCACUCAAUGACCCUAGCUAUUCACGAGGUCUCCCACAACACAGCCUUUGGAAACAACAAAGCCAUGUGGAACCGCUACUUUGCCAUGUUUGCCAACCUGCCCAUCGGUCUGCCUUACUCAGCCUCCUUCAAACGCUAUCACCUGGACCAUCACCGCUACCUGGGUGGAGACGGUGUAGAUGUAGACAUCCCCACCGAGUUUGAAGGCUGGUUCUUCUGCACACGCUUCCGCAAAUUCAUCUGGAUUAUUCUGCAGCCGCUGUUCUACGCCAUCAGGCCUCUCUGCAUCAACCCCAAACCCAUCAGUCAGCUGGAGCUCACCAACGUAGCCGUCCAGCUCACCUUUGACGUCCUGCUCUACUGGUUUUGGGGGGCGAAGCCUGUGGUCUACAUGCUGGCCGGCUCCAUGCUGGGGAUGGGCCUACACCCCAUUUCUGGCCACUUCAUUGCCGAGCACUACAUGUUCCUCAAGGGCCAUGAGACGUACUCCUACUACGGCUCCCUCAACCUGCUCACCUUCAACGUGGGCUACCACAACGAGCACCAUGACUUCCCCAGCAUCCCAGGACGCAGGCUGCCCAUGGUGAAGAAAAUAGCAGCAGAAUAUUACGAUGACCUGCCUCAGUACUCAUCGUGGGUGAAGGUGCUGUACGACUUCAUCAUGGACGAUGCACUCAGCCCCUACUCUCGAAUCAAGAGGAAGCUGAAGGGAGAUAUCAAACAGGAGUAACUUCAUAGAGAGCUUCUUUAGAACAAAGCUGCUGUCUGUGUCCACAAUGACAGCAGCCUGCCACACCAUUAGUCUACAGACUAACUGCUUCUGCAUAUUAAUACAUUCAAAUGAGGGUGGAGAUUGUGCACGAGUUUGGAAGUGUGCUUUUCAUCCACAGCAAGAGAAAAUGGAUUCAGGUCAUUAAGAACAACUGCUCACACACUUAUCUUAUUAGUUUGAAAUAUGAUAGUUUAUCAGUGCUUAUAGGCGGUACAGGACUGGUUGCACAAAGACUUUAGCUUUAGAUCAAACACAUAGUUCAAUUUAAGAUAGACAUCUCAUUUUUUACACGUUGUGAAUGAAGGAAGACUGGUUGGAUUUCCAUGAAAUGUCCCCCUCAGCAUAUAUAUAUAUCAUUGUGGUGAUCUCCUGCCUUUUUAAAUUGGAAGUUGUCCUGUUCUUUGGUUUAUCACAUAUAUAAUUCCUAAUGUCCACUGAAUAAGUCUCUGCCCAAGCUGUUGGAUCCACUGCUGUUGGAUCCACUGCUGUUGGAUCCACUGCUGUUGGAUCCACUGUGGUAAUGUGCACUGGAGGUGUUGAGCAGAUAGUGUUAGUGUUCAGCUCCUGCAACCACCAGAUUAAUAGAAGUCUGAGUGCUGCCUUAUGCUGGACUCUUUCCUACCUUUGGAUCUCUUUUCACCAUCUUUGAGGUCACAAAGUAUGCUACCCCAUCAGUCAGUGU